AUGCAAGUACCAACCGAUCAGUUAGUACGUCUUUUUGCUGUUCUGAGAAGCAGUUCGGUUACACGUCUCGUAUUGUGCAACGUACACUUAGAUAACACGUCCGGUGCUGCAUUAAAGGAUUUGGCUGUUGCCUGUGCAGGGUUACACGUUGUCGACUUGUCUGGCACUGGUUUAUCAAGUGAGGUUGAAUAUGCAAUACAUUUGCAGACGGAGAUAAAUAGAAUGCAGUGGGAAGUAAAUCAAACACGAUGGCGAAAAGCAGUUGUUCCAGAGACAGCAAAAAUUUGGAGGUGGCGAAUGGAAUCGUGGAAUGAGGAUUGCUUCAUGGGAGCAUGUCAUUGCUCAACGGAGGUAUGCGAUGCGUCUUGCAGGGACAUUAUGAACAACGCAGCUACAUCUGGUGCCCCAUUUACAGAUAAUAGUUUCCCGCCUGAUACUGCCUUAAAAAAUAGUGAUAUAAAGUGGGUGAGGGUGAGCUCUCUUGUAGAAGACCAAAGGGAUCAAAACGAAUGCUGUGUUGGUGACAAACCAUUGGUAGCCUCAGUAAUAAAUGAUACUUCUAACCUUCGUGCUGCCCUUAGUGUGGUCCAACAGGUUUCUUAUUUGCUUAGGAACCUUUGCAUUUGGAAACUUCCUUGCAUAGGAGCCUUCGCAUUUCGUUUUUUUUCCGGUGAUACUCCAAUAGAGGUCGUUAUUGAUGACUUUAUUCCGAUGAUCGGUGAUCGUCCGGCGGGUAUUCACCAUGAAAGCAACAGUGGUGACUAUUGGGGAUGUUUAGUAGAGAAGGCUUUUGCAAAACUUCACGGCGGGUACAAAAAUAUUACAGGAGUUGGUCUUGGUUAUGCCCUCUCGUGCUUGACCGGUGGUAUCUGCUUUGAACUUCAAAUGAAGAAUUUGAAGAAACAUGUUAGUGUAGCUGAUAUAUUCAGAUUCUUGAAAGAUUGUGUUCGUAAAAAGAGAAUAGUUGCGUUUCAUGCGAAUCCGGAGAUUGAAAGAGCCUUUAGAUGCUUGGAAGAAAUUGGUAUUAUUCCGUUUACACCUUAUCUUCUGACGGCAGUGGAGGCUCCUAACGCUGACUCAGGAUAUACGUGUGUGGUACGGUUUUCUUCCUUGAAUGAUAAACCAAUUGAAUAUAUCGGCGCUACUCCACAUUUGGUGAAAGAUGGUAUAGUAGAGUUUCCAUCCAAUAGCAUGCACUUAGAGCAUGCAAUAUCGUAUUUCGAACGAAUUGGCCUACUUCUCUGGCCUCACGGUGAUCCACUCUAUAUUCACAGACAUGUGAUUGAGUAUCCGUGCUGUUGUCUGGGAGGAUCGGAUACUGUGUCAACUUUUGCUAGUAAUCCUUCGUUUCUCCUCUCAAAUAACAGCAAUUCGGAGAAAGAGGUAGUGUUGGUCGUGCGAGCGUCUAGUAGAGAUAAUGAAAUGCAUGAUGAAUGGACUCAGUUGCAUAUUUUCAAAUAUUCGGCUGACGGGUUGGGGGGAAUGCGAAGAUGUGAUGUUUGUCCCAGAAAUGAAUUGCUUUCUACUAAAAAGGCCAAGGGUGGUGAGGUUGGUUUAGUGGUGUUACUCAAAGGAAAUGAAUCGUUACAGGUAACUGUGUCUUCCUCUGCUCCUUUCCCAUGUACCUUGGGCGCAACGUGCUUGGAUUGCUUUGACUUCGUUCCACUUUCCCCUCCGGAACUUAAAACAAUUAAGGACUGGUGGAGGAAAGGGUCAGAAUUGGGCCCGUCGUUCGUGAUUAAAAAUAAAACUGAUAUAACAGUUAGAAAUUUCGUUGUGGCAAUAUCACAAAUACCAAACCACAAACGAACCGUUGGUGUUGGCUUGGAAAUACGUAGUGCUUGUUAUUUGUGUCCUGGCGGUGAUGACCUCUUAUGGUUAACGGAGUUUAGGUCAGAUAUUCUUGUUGUUUUCAAUUUGGACGUAACGAUGAAGCCUCAGGAAUCAUAUAGAUUAGUUCCUCGCGCUAGGUGUGUACAUGAAGAUGUGCAGUUUUCUUUAACCCUUUUUUGUGUUGUUCCUCUAGAAUGGGAGUAA